UGUAAAAGUGUAAAUUGUAAUGAUGGAUUCCAAAGAAGAGAAGAGAUUGUUGCAUUUGUUUGACACUGUAGAACCAGAGAGCGGAUCAUCCUCUGUUUCAGACUUUUUUGACAGUGAUGCAGAUCCAGAGUAUGAACCAGGUAGUGAAGAUUCGCACAGUGAGAAUGAAAUUAGUGACAAUUAAGUUUUAAGAAAUGAAGAGUUAAAUAUUGAGCAGGUACCAGCAUCUGAAAAUGUUGCCAUAUCUGACAAGUGGCAAAUACCUGAUCAGAAAAGGGUUAAAAACAUAAAUUAUAAUACGAAUUCCAAAGAAGUAGGCAUAAACCCCGACCUAAUAGAAACAAUGCAAGAUGCCAGUCCAUUUGAUUUCUUUUCUUUAUUUUGUGAUGAAGAAGUGGUAUCCCUGUUGGUAAAUCAAACAAACAUUUACGCUCAAUAAUGUAUCCAAAGGCCCAAUAUAAAGAGAAGUGCCAGAAUUUAAAGCUGGGUGCCAACUAAUCGACAAGAAAUGCAUACCUUUUUAGGCAUACUUAUGUGGAUGGGUUUGGUUGAUAUGCCCUCUCUGGCUCAUAACUGGAAAACCCUCAGUUAUAUAACAGCAAGCUGACAAAAUACAUGGCUAGAAACCGAUUUGAGUUGAUUUUGAGCAUGUUUCAUAUUUCGGAUAACUCGGCACAGGUGCCCGGAAAUAGGCUUCACAAGGUUCAGCCCCUUAUUGACUUGCUAGUGGAUAAGUUUCAUCAUUUUAUAAUUCCGGAAAUCUCACUAUGCAUAGAUGAGUCCAUGGUACCGUUUCAAGGGAGGCUAAGUUUUAGGCAGUACCUGCUAAAUAAAAGGCAUCGGUAUGGUGUUAAAAUUUUUAAGCUAUGCACCGACCCUUUUUACACUUUGCCAUAUAAAGUUUAUGCUGAAAAGGAAGCUCAGCCUGGCAAGUCUGUAUCAUCUAAAGUUGUCAUGGAAUUAAUGGAGCCAUAUUUGGAUUUUGGCAGAACACUAUAUGCCGACAACUGGUAUAACAGUGUUACUUUGGCAGAACAAUUACUGGAUAGAGACACUUUUUUAGUAGGUACCCUGCGGGCCAAUAGAAAACGCAAUCCAACUGAUGUGACUAGAAAAAAACUGAAUAAAGGUGAUAUUGUUGCAAGGCAAAAUGAUCAUGGUGUAAUGGUAUUAAAGUGGAAGGAUCGGCGAGAUGUCCUAGCUAUAAGUUCAAAGCAUAUACCUUCUAUGAUAAAUGUAACACAAAGAAGAGGAGACAAAAUUAAACCACAGGUUAUAGUAGAGUAUAAUGCAGGAAAAUCCUUUAUAGAUGUAUCGGAUCAAAUGAAUUCUUAUAAUUCAUUUUCAAGGAGGUCAUUGAAAUGAUACCGAAAAGUUGCA